AUGGUGAAGUUCCUGAAGCUCGGCAAGGCGGUGAUCCUGCUGCAGGGCAGGUACACCGGGAAGAAGGCGGUGAUCAUGCGUGUGUUCGAGGAGGGCACCCGCGACUGCCCCUAUGGGCACUGCCUGGUCGCCGGCCUGGCCAAAUACCCAAAGAAGGUGAUCCACAAGGACUCGGCCAAGAAGACGGCCAAGAAGUCCCGCAUCAAGGUCUUCCUCAAGCUCGUCAACUUCACCCACAUCAUGCCCACCCGCUACACCCUCGACGUCGACCUCAAGGAGGUGGUCUCCGGCGCCCCCAACUCCCUCACCACCAAGGACAAGAAGCUCACCGCCGCCAAGUCCGCCAAGGCCAAGCUCGAGGAGAGGUUCAAGACCGGCAAGAACAUGUGGUUCUUCACCAAGCUCCGGCGGAUAAGUGAAGGUAUUACAAACUGGUCGACGGCGACGGAGGCUUUUGAAGGAGCACGAAAGUCUUGGUCGGGCGCGGAGAUCUUCGGCGGCGACGGAGUGCCUAGCAACAGCAAGGUGGUCGACGGCGGUGAGAUGGUCAAUGGCGGCGAGCAGCUCGGCCGUGGUAUGGAGCUUGACGGCGACAAAGAUCUGGGGGCGGCGCCAAAGCUUUCGGGCGACGGUAGGAGCUGCGGUCGGCGGCAAAGCCCUCGGAAGGCAGUAAGGUUUCCUCGCUAUGAUAAUGGGGAGGAGAUUGACAAGACUGGUAGGUGGAAAGCACCAGUGCUGUCCCCCCUACCUAUUUAA